UGUCUCUGACAUUCCGCUCGCACUCACGUGUUUCUCUGUGUGUAUAAAAGGGUCUCCGUCUCUCCGCUCACAAUGUCCACCGUGUCACCAGACAAACGGCGAAAAAUGGAGUCAGCGCUGAACCAGCUGAAGAAGCACACCGUGGUGGUGGCAGACACGGGAGAUUUUAACGCCAUCGAUGAGUACAAGCCUCAAGAUGCCACCACUAACCCAUCUCUUAUCCUGGCUGCUGCAAAGAUGCCAGCCUACCAGCACCUGUUGGAUCAGGCCAUUAAAUUCGGCAUUGCCAAAGGCGGAUCUGAAGAGGAGCAGGUAGCUAACACCAUGGACAAGCUGUUUGUGAGCUUUGGCCUUGAGAUCCUCAAGAAGGUUCCAGGCAGAGUGUCUACAGAGGUGGACGCCAGACUAUCAUAUGACAAAGAAGAAAUGGUGGCUAAGGCCCUGAGGCUCAUUGCUCUGUACGAAGAGGCAGGCAUCAGCAAGGACCGCGUGCUCAUCAAGCUGUCAUCCACAUGGGAGGGAAUCCAGGCUGGCAAGGAGCUUGAGGAGAAGCACGGUGUUCACUGCAACAUGACCCUGCUGUUCUCUUUUGCUCAGGCUGUGGCCUGCGCAGAAGCAAAGGUAACGCUGAUCUCACCCUUCGUUGGACGCAUCCUUGACUGGUACAAGGAGAACACAGACCGCAAAAGCUACGAGCCCCAUGAAGACCCAGGUGUGGUGAGUGUGACUAAGAUUUACAACUACUACAAGAAGUACGGCUAUAGCACCGUGGUGAUGGGCGCCUCCUUCAGAAACACGGGGCAAGUGAAGGCCCUGACAGGCUGUGACCUGCUCACCAUUUCACCUGGGCUGCUGGCAGAGCUCAGCCAGGACCACAGCACUGUCACAGAGAUGCUCAGUGUGGAGAAAGCCAAGUCUUGCGAUCUGGAGAAGGUCCACCUGGACGAGAAGGACUUCCGCUGGCAGCACAACGAGGACCGUAUGGGCGUUGAGAAACUGUCUGACGGCAUCCGCAAGUUCGCUGCUGACGCCGUCAAGCUGGAGACUAUGAUCAAAGAGAAAAUGCUUAACGUGAAAAACGGCCAGUAAUGGACAGAUUGGACGUCUCCCGCUGCACUGACAAGAAGUAUAAGGAGUUAGGCUGCCUUUUUUUUGUCCUGUUCAACCUGAGAGGAGGCUGAAAGCACCACCAGAACUUCCCUCUUUCCUCUGUGACCAAACUGCAGGGACCCCCCCCCCCCCUUCCCUUGUGAAUGGACACCUUUCCUCUCUUAGGCUGACUUAAUAUCUGACCAAACAUUAAUGGUGAAUGAUACUAAUGUGAGUGUUGAGUUUAAAAUAUUCUAAUAUUUACUAGAAAAGUGACCAGAAAGGACAAAAAAAUAAACAGCUUUACAUAAGAAAUGAGACUUGGUUUAGUCUUGUUGAGUAGCCAUCAUGUGACUACUAGAAAGGACCAGGAGCACUUUUUGGCAGGAAAGGACCACAAUUUUGCUAUCAAGAACCAGGUUGAGGGGAAAACUUUCAUAAAAGACAAUUGUACCAUCAUUCCUGAAAAUCUUACAUUUUUCUCUUUCUAUAAAUAAACAUCUCAGUCUU